AUGUGGCCCGAUGGCCACAUUUAUUAUUUACCGCACCACGGUGUAUAUAAACUCGAUAGCACUACCACUAAGUUGCGGGUAGUGUUUAACGCGUCCUCGCGCUGCCCGAACGGUCUGUCGAUCAACGACACCCUGCUCAGCGGUCCGAAGCUGCAGCAGGACCUGCUCGCCAUCCUGCUUAGGUUCCGCGCCGAAGCAAUCGCUCUAACCGCGGACGUGAAGCAGAUGUUUCGCCAGAUUUGGAUAAGCCCGGAGCAAUGCGACUACCAACGUAUCGUCUGGCGCUUCUCGGAGUCAGACCCCAUCCUCGACUAUCUCCUCAAAACCGUUACGUUCGGCUUUACCGCCUCCCCGUUCUUGGCGAUCUAUUGUUUGCUCCAGUUAGCUCAUCAAUACCGCGAGAAAUAUCCUCUAGUGUUCGCAACCCUACUCGAGGCGCUGUAUGUGGAUGACGUCGUGACUAGCGUUCGUACGGUAGAACAGGCUCGUGCACUCCGCGACCAAUUGCUAUCGCUUCUCCGAAGCGCCGGCUUCGAGCUUAGAAAGUGGUCGAGCAGCCAUCCUGCCGCGCUGGAGGGCCUCGACACGCAGUUAUGUAGCAAAUCAAUGUUAGAUUUCGAGUCAAGCGAGGAUCAAUCUCAGAAGAUAUUGGGCCUUCGGUGGCACUCACAAUCUGACAGUUUCGGGUUUCAAGUCAACGCGUUGGAUCGUGAGUGCACCAAACGCACUAUACUGUCGGAAGUAGCGCGCAUAUUCGACCCCCUGGGUUUUCUGGCCCCACUCACCUUUACCGCGAAGUGCUUAAUUCAGCGUCUGUGGACCCUUAAAUUAGAUUGGGAUGAUGAGCCACCGAUGGACAUUCAUCGCAGUUGA